GCGACUUACCUGAUGCUCGUUGAUGAGAUGAAUCGCGAUCCGUGAAGUUCGGAAUGCCGCGCUGCUCGAACGACAUAUCGUUCCAGAAAGAUGAACCAGCUGUGCAAGGUUUGCGGAGAGCCAGCGGCCGGUUUCCACUUUGGUGCUUUUACCUGCGAGGGAUGCAAGUCCUUUUUUGGAAGAACGUACAACAACAUCAGCUCAAUAUCAGAGUGCAAAAACAACGGAGAAUGUGUGAUCAACAAAAAAAAUCGAACUGCAUGCAAAGCCUGUCGUCUGCGAAAAUGUCUUUUAGUAGGUAUGUCCAAAAGCGGGUCUCGUUAUGGUCGUCGAUCGAACUGGUUCAAAAUCCACUGCCUCCUUCAAGAACAACAACAGGCUGGUGUCAAUAUAGCGGCGGCGGCUAACCUACUUCGUCCACAUCCUUACCUUACACCAUUGUUUCAAAAUUCCGUCCCAAGAACCGCUUCCAGAGAGACUAAGAGUUCAGAAUCCGAUAGUGGUGCUUCGUCGGCUGAUAUAGAAGAAGAAGUUCGUUCAUCUAGUGCAUUUAGUUAUUUGAAACCUACCAAUGAUCGUGAUUAUUAUACAAUGAAAAAACUACCGUCACCGGCCAGUGAUAGCGAGUGUUUUGACAGACGGAAAUUUAUUAGUGCUUUAGUUAACGCUCCCUCAGUUUCUCCGGCGUCACUUCCCUCUAUUUCUCCUAGCGGGGGUUUUUCUAAAUGGUUACCCCCACUUCAUGGAUUUACAGAUCCUUCAUCGUGGAAAGAUCUGUGGACUAGAGGACCUUUCACAACUGUAUCUUCUGCACCGGAUCAGGUAGAACCCAUUGAUUUAUCAUUGAAAACACCAGAGUUAGUGACGACGAUACCAUCUUCUGAGAGUGAUCAAGAACUUUGUAUAGAUGUUGGCGUUGAUGAACCUUUAAAACCUGUGCCUUUAGACUUGACUUUAGACAGACCGGCCACUGAUGUGACUAACUGAAAUUUCAAUCAAUGAGGUUGUGAUUUUUGUUUCUUGUUGUACUCGUAUUAUCAUUUGUAGUUGUAUAAUUGUUCCUUUAAAUUGCAUCACUGUACAAUAAUGCUCAAAUUUUUUUACUUUCGCUGGCUACUGUAGUCAAUAUAAUUUGACAUGUGCCUUACUGGAA